AUGCCCCUCCCCGACGCUAAACGCCACAAACCCAACUCCAAACCCUCUCUCCCCACCCCAGCCCCACCUUCCUCCCUCGGCUCCGCUUUGAAGAACAAGGCUAGUAUGGACAGUCGCCCCGGGCCGGAUUAUGAGCGGGGGAUUGAGUACUGGGACAACGUCGAAGCCAGCGUCGACGGGGUGCUUGGUGGGUUCGGCACGGGCCCUGUGCCGCAUAUCGAACAACUCUCCUCCCGGCUCCUCCUCCUCUCCCUCCUCCCCUCCCUCUCCCCCUUCCCCUCCCCCCUCACCCCUGCCCCCCUGCCGCCCCUCCCGGUCCACAGGCGCACAGCGCUCGACGUGGGCGCCGGGAUCGGCAGGGUGACAAGGACGGUGCUGGCGCCGUUGUUUGAUGAUGUCGUGCUCGUGGAGCCGGUGGGCAAGUUUGUGGGGGAGGCGUAUAGGUCCGCGAGCGAUGGGGAGUGGAGGGAUUUACCGUUGCCCGUCCAUGCGCUCCCGCCGAAACCGGUGGAAAGAGAAGGGAACGAGCUACAAGUCGAAUCUUACGCCGAAGCCCACCGACAGGCAAGUGAAGCGAAAGGAGGGAGGGGUAAGCGGGUGAGGUUUAUCCAAGGGGGACUGCAGUUGCUUGACCCGAGGUCUCCUGGGAAGAAUGGAGUGGAGUUGGGGGUCGUGGGGCAGAAGAGGGGUGGGGGGGAGGGGUUGGAUGGGGAGGAGGUGGUGUAUGAUGUUAUUUGGUGCCAAUGGUGCCACAUGAACCACGACGACCUCGUAUCCUUCCUCCAGCGCUCCCGCGCCGCCCUCCGUUCCCCCGACUCGUAUAUUUUUGUCAAAGAGAACUGCUGCGACGAGGGCGCCAACGGGGAGCCCCAAGAAUUCAUGGACGAAGAAGACUCUUCCCUAACUCGGAGCAGUGGCAAGUGGGUCGAGGCGUUCAAGGAUGCGGGGCUGAGGGUGGUGAAGGAGGAGGUGCAGGAGGGGAUGCCGGAGGAGCUGUUUGUGGUCAAGACGUGGGCUCUGCAGUAG